AUGGAGGAGAUCAAUGCAGGUAAGGAAGAAAAAAACAACCAGAAACGCAGAAAAACGCAGAGAAACACAGAGAAACGCAGAGAAGCGCAGAGAAACGCGGAGAAACGCAGAGAAGCGCAGAGAAACGCGGAGAAACGCAGAAAAAAGCAGAGAAACGCAGAGAAACGCAGAGAAGCGCAGAGAAACGCAGAGAAACGCAGAGAAGCACGGAGAAACGCAGAGAAACGCAGAGAAACGUGGAGAAACGCGGAGAAACGCAGAGAAACGUGGAGAAAUGCAGAGAAAAGCAGAGAAACGCAGAGAAACGUGGAGAAACGCAGAAAAAAGCAGAGAAACGCAGAGAAACGCAGAGAAGCGCAGAGAAACGCAGAGAAACGCAGAGAAACGUGGAGAAACGCGGAGAAACGCAGAGAAACGCGGAGAAACGCAGAGAAACGUGGAGAAACGCGGAGAAACGCAGAGAAACGCGGAGAAACGCAGAGAAACGUGGAGAAAUGCAGAGAAAAGCAUAGGCAGAGAAACGCAGAGAAGCGCAGAGAAACGCAGAGAAGCACGGAGAAACGCAGAGAAACGCAGCUCCCCAGUGAAAUGAAUGGGAAGUAG